GCUGUUUUCAACACAAGACUUCUCUGUCAAAGAACAAGUGCAGAUUAUCAGCCUGACAGAGGAUUUUUCAACGUGGGCAAAAUGGCUUCUAAACUAGAUGAGGACCUCGUCUGUCCUGUGUGCUGUGACAUCUUCAAGGACCCUGUCAUCAUCUCCUGUAGUCACAGUGUGUGUAAGGCCUGUCUGCAGCAGUUCUGGGACACCAAGGGAUCUAGAGAAUGUCCGGUUUGCAGGAGAACAUCUUCAGUGGAACACCCAUUUGUCAACCUUCACCUGAAGAACUUGUGUGAGACCUUCCUACAGGAGAGGAGUCAGAGAGCUUCAACAGGGUCUGAGGUGCUCUGCAGUCUGCACAGUGAGAAACUCAAGCUCUUCUGCCUGGAGGAUAAACAGCCCGUUUGUCUGGUGUGCCAGACCUCAAAACUACACAGAGGCCACACCUUCAGCCCUGUAGAUGAAGCAACCUCUGAUCUGAAGGAGGAACUGAAGCUUAAAUAUGAGCCCUUACAACUGACGUUAAAGGCCUUAAAAGAAGCUAAAUUCACCUGUGAGGAAAUGGCACAACACAUUCAGACACAGGUCCAGCAAACAGAGAGGCAGAUCAAGCAGGAGUUUGAGAAGCUUCACCAGUUUCUACGAGAUGAAGAGGCAGCCAGGAUAGCUGCACUGAGGGAGGAAGAGGUGCAGAAGAGUCAGAUGAUGAAGAAGAAGUUGAAGAAGAUGAGCAGACAGAUUUCAACUCUUUCCAACACACUCAGAGCCAUCGAGGAGGAGAUGGAAGCUGAUGAUGUCACAUUUUUACAGAACUACAAGAGCACAAAGGAAAGAGCCCAGUGCACACUGCAGUAUCCAGAGAGGCUUUCAGGAGCUCUGAUCAAUGUGGCAAAGCACCUGGGCAACCUGAAGUUCAGAGUCUGGGAGAAGAUGCAGGAGAUUGUACAAUACACUCCUGUCAUUCUGGAUCCCAACACUGCAUACCUAGAACUCAUCCUGUCUGAGGAUCUGACCACUGUCAGAGAUGGUGAUGAGAUACAGCAGCUUCCUGAUAAUCCAGAAAGAUUUGAUGAGUAUGCAAGUGUGCUGGGCUCUGAGGGCUUUAACUCUGGGACACACAGCUGGGAGGUGGAGGUUGGGGAGAACUUGUGUUGGCAGGUGGGUGUGAUGACAGAGUCCCUCCACAGGAAGGGAGACUAUUACUCCACGAGAGGACUCUGGUAUGUCUAUUACUGCAAUGGUGAAUAUGAAGCAUUUGCCCCACCACAGCCCUCCACUGCCCUCACAGUGAAGCAGAAACUCCAGAGGAUCAAAGUGCAGCUGGACUGGAAUAGAGGAGAGCUCACAUUCUCUGACCCUGAUAGUAACACACACCUGCUGACUAUUACUGACACUUUCACUGAAAGACUGUUUCCCUUCUUAAAUGGUGAUCCUCUGAGGAUCCUACCAGUGAAGAUGUCAGUAAGAGAAGCAGGGCCACCACUAGGCAUAAGCAGAGUAAGCAGAGCGCUUAUAGGGCACCAAACAGUGCUUGAGGCACCAACCACUUUGGUCCCAAAAUUGAGGCCUCCUAAAUUGAAAUUGACUGAAAAUGUCAUUAAAAAAUAUUAAAUUACAUUGCAAAGCAUAUUUAACCAUCCAUCCAUUUUUCAUGAAAGGAAUGUGUCCCAUUAUUCAAUUCAGGCAAACUAACCGUUUUGCCUAAUAUAAACACCAUCCUUCCCUGAAAUGGUACAGCC